GUCCAUCUAGGGCUUCCGUAGCUCCCACACUCUAAGUGAAUAAAUAACACCUUUUCUUUACUGGGUGCUGACAGUAGAAGGUUGUAAUUAUCAGUAAUUUAUUACUGAAUCCUUCGUCCCGGACUUUGUGAUCCGUCUUUUCUGUCGCCAAUAAGGGGGAGGAGGAGGAGGGAGAAGGAGGAGGAGGAGAAGGGCUGGUAUCGCAGCUGUGAUGGGACUACAAAUCCGUUAGUACCCACAUCCUUCUCGUCCUCUUCCAUCAUGGCUCCCCAUAUGGACAGACCAGGAUACUGGGGGCAUUUGACCUCAACGAUUGACUGGUGUGAAGAAAAUUAUGUCGUCUCUUUUUACAUCGCCGAAUUUUGGAACACUGUCAGCAACCUGAUUAUGAUUCUUCCCCCCAUUUAUGGAGCCAUCCAAACGUUUCGUGAUGGCCUCGAGUUUCGCUACGUUUGCUCUUUCCUCGGACUUUCGGUUGUUGGAGUUGGUUCCUGGUGCUUUCACAUGACGUUGCAGUACAAGAUGCAGUUAAUGGACGAGUUACCGAUGAUAUACAGCACCUGUGUCUUUGUCUACUGUCUAUACGAGUGCUUCAAACAACAGAACAAGAUUGGCUUUAUUCCCAUAGCACUGUUGUUAUUCUUCAGUGUCUCCGUCACUCUGGUAUAUUUACACUGGAAGGAGCCAGUCUUUCACCAGGUCAUGUACGGCACUCUCGUAGCUUGUCUGGUGAUACGAUCCAUCUACAUCGUUACAUGGGUGUAUCCAUGGCUCCGACCGCUGUGUUACACCUCAUUGGGGAUCUUCAUGUUAGGGUUCUUCUUCUGGAACAUGGACAAUUUUUACUGUGGCGUAUUAAGAAAUGCCAGACAUAACCUCCCCCCUGUCGUGGGGGCAGUAACGCAGUUCCACGCCUGGUGGCACAUCCUCACAGGCCUGGGAUCCUACCUGCACAUACUCCUCAGCCUGCAGAUAAGGACAACCUACCUCAAGCACAGACCAAAAGUGAAGUUCCUGUGUGGAGUGUGGCCCACUUUACACAUUGAACCAGUGCCACAGAAGACGAGCUGAAAUGAAGGGAUGGGGACCAACUUCAUGAUGGUGACUCCAUGUCCAGACACCAUCAGCACAAGGAUCUCCAAUACCCCCGGCUGGGAACCCAGCACACAGCGAGGGGGCGGGUGGACCACAGGGCUCCAACCUGGGGACCCUUUGGUUCUGCACUGUGGGGAUUAACUAAGUACAGUAUAGCACCGGGUCCAGUUUUAAGAAAUGGAAGAUCUUUGUCUUUAAUCACUUUUUAGUAGAGUAGAGUGUAAUCAUUUUAAUUGCUCAUUAAUUUUCAAUGCAAAUAUGAUGUUUAGUCCACUACAGAGGUAAUGCUGAAGGGGUAAUGAAUGUGAUCUUAUUGUGAUUAAGGGAAUAGGGAAAACAGGAUCAGAUUCAUGUUGUAUGUUUGAUUCUGCAGAUAUUUGACGCCUGGAGGUAUGUAAACAGAUCCCUAAACUAGAGCAGAACUAAGAGGUUAGCUUCUGUGUCGUCUCACAUGCAGCUGAGGGAGCUCUACUUCCACCACAGUGUUGUCUAAUCCCUUUUCAAUUAUUGUGUUGAGUUUUUUUGAUGUGCUCACUACACGUGGGAUUGUAGCCUCCAGCUGGAGCGUGGAAGUGAUACUGUUCAGCUCAUACGCCUUCAUUUGCUUUGCCAGAGGCUUCAUUAUUACUUGAAAACACGCCAAGACUGGAAUAAUCUCUUCACUUCUUGAUUUCUUUGCCAAAGUUGCUCUGGGAACUGAAUUAGUCAUAUGAUGUGUGGGACCUGUUAAUCUUUUAACUUGUUAUAAUCAAGAAAGGGAAGCAGUGCUUUUGGAUAUUUGUAUGCAGCCUCAUUACACUGAAUUUUAAUUUUAUCUAGGACAGGGUUCAGAUUGCGGCAGGAGCACAGAGCAAGUUGAACCACUUUCUUCAUCUCAUGUUUCUGUGGACAGAGAGACACAUUCACCAUCUUUAAAGAGAUACUGCACACAUUUGCUCGAGCCCUCUGGGGGUGAGUGUUGGGUUGUUUCAGAACCACAAUGAGCCUCCCUCAGGGUGUAUUAUAUAUAAACAAAAAGAAAACUGUUAGACCAGAAAGACACAAAUGAUGCAGACACUGGAAUCACACUGAAAAUACAUUAACUCACCACAUAGUCAAAUUGAGGAAAUGAACGUGUACAGCUCUCUCUGGAGGGUAGCAGAAGUUAAAAUGUGUAUUGUUUAAAUUGAUUUGUUAGAGUUAGAUGUCUUUAUUGUCUUGGUUUAAAGGACCAGGAGAAAGCGUAGACUGUGUCUUGAUCUUUGCACCUUCCCCUGCUUUGUUACUCUGUCUGUCCUUCAGAACUCCACAUGUCCAGGUAAACCAAUUCCCUAAUAAUUAGUUGUGGAGUAUCAAGCAUAUUAGUUGCAAAGUGGCUCUUUACUAGUCAAUAUUAAGCCGUUAUUAAUGCAUUAUACUGCAUGACCAAGAAUUUAAGAGUUUCAGUGAGUGCUUUCCUUUUCACUGCAUUUUACCUGAGUAAAACCGCAAUUUUAUACGAAGAAACUUGUAGCACAUGAAAUUCGUAAAGGUUGUGUUACACAGGAUCUCCUGUAGGUUAGAACAAGAUUAGUCAAUCUCACUUAAUAACAGUAAAUGAAUGCAAUCUUUUUUUAAAUCUGUAGAACAAAACUAAAGGUGUUAAGAUGUACAAACAAUUCUAAAAUGGUACCAGGUGAGGUCUCGUUCUUAAAUUCUCUUGUUUUUUUUAUUCUUGUUAUAACACAAAUUCCCCAUUGUAGGCAAAUCAUAUAUAAAUCACUGAUAUUCAUAUAAAUAUGUGAUUUAUUUAGAAUUAUUACUGAAUUUUCUGAAUAGCAAUUAUUGCUAUAAACAAACACUGAUAAAUAGAAAGGUCUUAUAAGAUUUUAUUUUCCCAUUCAGAGGAUAAAUAUCACUCUUAAAGUAUGGACCACUUAAUAAUUAUUCACAAAUAUGAAACACCUUUUUUUCAGGUACUUAUGAAAACAACAUAUAUAUAUAAAGCUAAUGGAGCUUUUUGAUAUGCAUAGAGACCUCAGAUUUUCAGGAAGUAUCUCUGUUGUAGAGUACAGUCAUGCAGGAUAUGGCAUUAUUAAUGCUUUAUAAUGACUUGUUAAGAACUAAUAUGCUGCAAAUUUGCAUCCAUAUAAGCAACUGUUGAUGGGUGAAUAUGUGUCACAAAUAGGGUGUUGUAAUUUCACCGAUUGAAUUUCGUAAAACGCAAACAUUGGUACGGUUGAACCGUCUCAGACAUCACUUCAUCUCUAAAUACCGAAGACUUAAACCUGUCCCAGAGUAAUACCACAUUCAGUUUAUUUUAAUUUACUUAUUAUUUUGUUUUCCAACGGCACAUAUGUGAGAAGUCAAAAGGCACAUCCACCCUGUGAAGGACUGUCAUUGAGAGCAGUUUUAUGAUACAACCACUAGGGGGCAUAAACUUCCAGCUUAUGUCAGACAUUGCCAAGCAUGCCAGAGAGCAUUGCAGAACUACUACCUACCUACUGGAGAACUUAGCCUCAGUUUCAUGCAGUGGAUCUGUGGUGUGGAGUGAAGUCGUUGUAGUUUUGCUAUACUGUGAAUUUGUGGACAUGUAGAGGUUACUAUAGAAACCUGAGCUUGAAGUACAGUAGUCGUGUUCCAUUGGAAGAUGCACAAUUUUAUUCACGUGGCCUCCUAUACUGCCACACACCGGGUUAUUUCCUUAAACUCAAUAUAUUCCAAUAUAUUCAUAUUUGGUUUCACCUACUAACUCUCAUAUAACAGUGGUUUAAGUGUUGCAAACAGUCAUAAGCACAAUAUAUGAAAGAUAAGUAUUAACAUUGUCCAGAAGUCUGUGCUGAGUCAUUGAUAUUAGUCAUUUUCUUGAACUCACUGCUCAUCAGUAGAGGUGAGAGGGUGCCUUAUUGUUAUCUCUGCAGUGUAAUCCAAGUUGCCUUGAUGUUCAUGAUAUACAACGUCAUCCCUUGUGUUGUGCAGUAUCCCCUGAUUAUCAGCAGUAAAGAGCACCAGGAGGAUGGAAAGUAAAAGGUUAUAUCUCAAAGUCUGUCCCUUAAUUUAUUGGCCCUCCAUUCAUUUCACCUGUCGAACGUCGCUGUUACAGGUUCUUCUAAUGAUGUUAACUGUAGCUGUGAGUGAUAAUACUAACGUGUUGAGGCCAGAUGAGCAAACUCUGCCAACUUUUUGGUUCAACUUUGGUCAUGUGCCAGUUUUAAACGAUGUUCUGUAUUGUCAAAUAAAAAGAAAAGUGUCCAGA